AUGAACGAAACACAAUUGCAAUAUUUCAACCAAGUCCUCCCCCACACGCCGUCUCUGUUGCAUGCACAGCUAGCCGCCCUUCCUGAUCCAACGAAAUUGACUAUUGACACGCUUCUUCGAUUCGUUCUCCAUGCUUCGUGCGCUGAAGAGGAUGUUGAUAUGCGUGCGUCGUGGGGUAUUGCACAAAAGAAAGCCUCGGAAGAAAUUGCCAAAUUAGCUGAGCCCGUUGGCUCAAAUGGGGUUGGAGGGACAAAAAGGGCAAGGGAGGAGGGAGACAUGUUGGAGAAUAGCAAGCGAGCAAAGAUUGGUACAGACGAGGGUAAGCACGCAUCUCGUCGUCAUGUUUUCAGUUGCGCAUAUCAUUUCGAGCCAGCGAAAGACGAUCCUCCAUUAUUUACGCUUCACGCGCUGUCAUUCACCUCGCCCAUUCGCAAGAAAGCAAAUGUCACAAUUCAUGCGCAUACACUUCGGCUCACCCAUCCGACAACCCAUGUCUCAGAACAUGUACCCAUCCCGCUCGACACACUCAAACGAGCGUUCCUCCUUCCCACACGCGGGAAAACAAAACCUCAUUGGACAGUCGUACUGCUCCCUACCGAUGUCCCUGCCCUCGGGAAGUCCGGAAAGGACAAGGACAAGGAUGACUCUACAUUGUCAAUAGUUUUCGGUCUCGAUGCUAUGCCGGCAGGGUUCAGUACGUCGGAUCAUGUACAAGGUACGCUUGAGACCAUGCACGCGAAAGGUACGCCCACACUCCCUGCACUGCGCGCGUUCUUGGCCCACCUUCCGAUCCCCACGCUGGAGCCGUCGACGGACGUCUUCCGCUCGGCAUUCUCAUCCGGCUCUGCUACAGGAGGAAGCUCUGGCCCUACGGAAGGCACAGCGGGUAUCGAGGCGUACCGCGGCGCGAAACAGGGCACGUUGUGGUUCUUUGCGAGCGGAGUGCUCUGGGAUGGGCGUCCAGCGGAAUUUUUCGCUGUGGAAGAUCUCGCGCGGACGGAGGAAGGAGAGGUUAGGGCUGUGAGGACAAUCAGUGCAACUGGGAGAACAUGUUCGGCAAUUCUCAGGAGGGUGGAACCUGGAGGUGAGAGAGAGGAACAGAAGGGAGGUGGCGACGAGGAAGAGGAAGAACGAGUAGUAGACGUGGACUUCGGGAUGAUAGAUGGAAAGGAGCAGGAUGGGAUCGCGCGAUGGGCGAAGAGGUGCAAGAACCUUUUCGGACGGAAGGUUGCUGCUUCGUCGCCAAGCAAACUGCAGGGAGGGUCGAAACCAAACACGAAUGCGCAGCCGAACGUUGCUGCGAAUAUCCCAAUAGAUGACGAGUCAGACGAAGACGAUUCUGACUUCGUCGGCGACGAUUCGUCUGACGGAGGUUCCGCCACCAGCGACUCGAGCUCAGACUCCAGUGACGCGGCUUCUGGGGCUGAAGAGGAUGUGGGGGACGACGCCUCUGAAGAUGAGGCAGACGUGUCAGACGCAGAGGACGAGAUGGAGCUCGAUCCACAACAUCACCCUCUUCUGCGUCCGGGUGCGAUGCCGCGAAUGUCGCGCGCUGCGAUAGAGAUGGUGGCGGAUAUGAUAGUGGAGGACGCGGUGGGUGGUCCUGCGGCGCGGGCACCUCGGAGACCGCCAGUGGCGGAUAGUAGUGAAGACGAGGAAGACGAACUAGAGGACUGA